AUGACAAAAUCAGAUGGGGAGCUUGCAGAGUUCUUAGCCAAGAUCAAACUGCCCAUGCCACUGAUCCCCAAAGAUGUGCUUUCUGGCGGCAGGACAAAUGCCAUUUGUCUGUAUUACAAAGCAGCCCCUGAUGAAAAGAUAUAUUACUAUGAUUUUACUAGCCUCUAUCCCUUCAUCAACAAAACAAAACAAACCAAAACAAAACAAUAUCCUCUUGGGCACCCCAAAGUUAUUUUUGAGACUGUUGACACCCUGAUGGCCUACUUCAGGAUGGUCAAAGUAAAGGUGUACCUGCCUCAUGGGCUCUUUUUCCCUGUGCUUCCCAUGAGGGUAAAUGGCAAGCUAUUGUUUCCCUUGUGCCACACUUGUGCUGAAACCUGCCAGGCCCUCCGCACCCACAGUGAUGAAGAAAGAGCCCUUGUGGGUACCUGGUGUUCCAUUGAACUGAACAAGGUUCUGGAGAAGGGCUACAGGGUUUGUGAAAUCUAUGAGGUUUGGCAUUUUGAACAGAGAGCUAGCAGCCUUUUCUCAGAUUAUAUAAAGCUCUACCUCUGCCAGAAGCAGGAAGCUUCAGGCUACCCAGCCUGGUGCACAGAUGAUGACCAAAAAGCUAAAUAUGUUGAAGUUUACAGGCAGAAAGAUGAUGUCGUUUUGCAGCCUGAACAUAUUAAGAAAAACCCUGUCAAACGCCAAAUUGCAAAACUGUGUUUAAAUUCUCUGUGGGGGAAAAUGCGGACAGCGAUCCAACCUACCCAACACCACCACACUGCAUUUACCAUGAUUGGCACUUCCACACAUUUGUCGAAUCAGUGCUCACAGUUUGCUAUACAAUCAUUCUGCCGCUUUGUGUUUCCUCUGUGUGAUGAGCAUUCUCAGAGCCCUAAGCCGUGGGAACUAUGCUGGGAUGAAUGUGAAGUUCUGGAGAAUGAUUUCUGUAGGCAGGAAUACAACAUUGCUAGGUCAAACCCCCUCAUUUUGAUGCAGCUACAGUUGCCUAAGCGUGAGGAUCUCCCACAAUCAUCUGACACCUUGGAGGCUGCCAGCUGCAUAAGGUUAGGGAUCCCUGUGGAGAGACUCAACCAAUAUCAUCAAUGCUACAAUGGUUCUGGAGCAGAUUAUAGAGGUACGAUCAGUGUUACCAAAUCUGGCCACACUUGUCAACUCUGGGACUCUCAGAAUCCCCACAACCAUGAUCUGACAAGCACACAGUUUCCAGAGCUAGGCGGAGGACAUGCAUAUUGCCGAAAUCCCAGAGGCCAGAUGGAUGGGCCCUGGUGUUUUACAAAGAAUAAAAACAUACGCGUGGAACUGUGUGCCAUACCAUCUUGUAGCCCACAUGACAACAGCAAAAUGGGAAUCCUCUACAUCCUGGUUCCCAGCAUAGCUAUCCCUUUGGUUAUUGCCUGCCUUUUCUUCUUGGUCUGUAUGUGCAGAAACAAACAGAAGGCAUCUGCUGCUACAUCGCAGCAUCGCCAGCUGAUAGCACUUCCUAGACAGGACAUGGAAAUGCCACUCAUUAGUCAGCAUAAACAGGCUAAACUUAAAGAAAUCAAUCUGUCGACUGUGCAGUUUAUGGAGGAACUAGGAGAAGAGAGGUUUGGCAAAGUCUACAAGGGGUAUCUUUUUGGUAUGACACCAGGUGAACAGACACAAGCUGUUGCUAUCAAGACACUUAAAGACAAAGCAGAAUUGGUUCUUCGGGAACAAUUCAAACAUGAGGGAAUGCUGAGAUCGCGGUUACAGCACCCAAACAUUGUUUGCUUGCUGGGAAUAGUGACAAAGGAACAACCCAUAAGCAUGAUUUUUAGUUAUUGUUCUCAUAGUGACCUCCAUGAGUUCUUGGUGAUGAGAUCUCCUCAUUCGGAUGUUGGCAGCAUUGAUGAUGACAAGACAGUAAAAUCCACUCUGGAACCAGCAGAUUUUUUCCACAUCAUGACUCAGAUGAUAGCUGCAGGAAUGGAAUACCUUUCAAGCCACCAUAUUGUCCACAAACACUUAGCAACUAGAAAUAUAUUGGUGUUUGAUAAACUUAAUGUAAAAAUAUCUGAUUUAGGUCUUUUCAGGGAAGUUUACGCUGCUGAUUACUAUAAACUGAUGGGAAAUUCCCUUCUUCCUAUCCAAUGGAUGUCCCCUGAGGCUAUUAUGUAUGGCAAGUUUUCUAUUGAUUCGGAUAUCUGGUCAUAUGGAGUUGUGUUGUGGGAAGUUUUCAGCUAUGGCCUGCACCCUUACUGUGGUUAUUCUAACCAGGAUGUUGUUGAGAUGAUCAGGAAUUGCCAGGUUUUGCUAUGUCUUGACGACUGCCCCGUGUGGAUAUACACUUUGAUGUUGGAGUGUUGGAAUGAAUUUCCCAACAGAAGACCAAGAUUUAAAGAUAUAGACAGACUAAGAACAUGGGGAAACCUUUCUAAUUGCAACAGCUCAGCACAAACCUCUGGGGCAACCACCACCACACAAACAAGUUCUCUCAGCAGAAGCCCUGUUAGUAACGUCAACAAUGUUAGGUAUGUUGGACCAAAGCAGAAAACUCAAGCUUUCCCUCAACCUCAGUUCAUACAAAUGAAAGGGCAGAUAAGACCGAUGGUCCCACCUCCUCAGCUAUACAUUCUAGCCAAUGGUUACCAGCCAAUGCCUGCCUAUGGCGCUUACUUGCCAAAUUUUUACCCUGUCCAAAUUCCAAUGCAAAUGAUUCCUCAGCAGGUUCCUCCCCAGAUCAUUCCCAAACCAGGCUCCCACCACAGUGGGAGCGGUUCCACAGCACCUUCCAACACAUCGGUGGCCAACAGGUCUGCUUUGCUCUCAGAGGCCACGGAAGACACGCACAAUGGAACAGAAGAUAUUGCUCAGAAUCCUGUCCAGGAGGAGGAGGAAGAGGAGGGGUCUGUGCCAGAAACAGGAUUACUGUGUGAUGACACACUUCAGAUGGAUGAGGCAGAAAUUCAAUGUGAAGCCUAA